AUGAGCGUUACUCAUCAACAAGUAACCCUUCUCACCACUUUGAAGGCAGUCUACCCUGACUUUGCUGCUCCAUUGGCUAGGGAAACUACCAAGGAGGCCGUCGACAACAUUACCACAGAAAACAGACUCUCUGGCAACACCAUUCUUCAUCAAUUCAGAGCUUGGCUCGAGGCUGGCUAUGGUGAAGACCACAAUACAAGAGGAGGAGCUUAUGCAACUUGGCAGCAGAAGAACGAGGAGCAAUCUUCCCAGACAUCUUCCAAGGCUGCCACUUCCUCCAACCUCACGUCAUCGACUGGAAAAGCAAACAGCGAGCCAGGAAAGACAAUUCCAACUUGUCCCAUUGACGGGAAAAGGCACUGGUAUGUUGAGUGCUGGUAUCUGAACCGUCAACUUCGCCCAGAAGGACUUCAGCUUAGCGCUGCCAAGGAAGCGCAGGCGACAGCUCUUCUAAGUAAGAAGACUUGGAUAGCGGAGAAGAUCAAGAAGUACAACGAAACCAACAACUUUUCAGUACCGCAAUCAACCCAUUCAACCACUUCAACCGGAAAAGCUCACCAUAUACGAGCAAUCACACCUUCAGACUCUGAUACGGACUGGUCAGACUCCCUCUCCACCCCGGAAGAACCAAACGGCAGUUGUCAGCAUGUGGCGGAUGGAGAAGAGGUUAGGAACGCAGUUCUCGUCGAUACUGGCGCUUCUGACCCUCUAUCAUGGGACAGAUCACGAUUCCGAUAUCUUCAACCAGUCAAGAAGGCGUUUGACACACCCAACGGACCGAUUCAAGCAAUUGCCAAGGGCUCUCUCAUCGUCAGAGCAUUCAACCCUACGGAUGUAGAAGUAGAGCUUGCUAUUCCCAACGCAUACCUGAUUCCACAGGCAUCAACUACUUUGAUCAAGUAUGGUCAACCAAUUCACAGUAUCACCUAG